UGCCAUGCCUAGAUCUAGUUCUGUCAGUGUCUGGGGGGGUGGACACCUGCCCAGGGAGGCGGCUGUUAGGACUGUCAAGUCCUGCAUAACUCUCAGUAUUUGUGAGUGUGUGCAGGAGGGAAGCCUCCAUUAGCAGAAGGCACUGGCCAGUCUAGGAGAGUUUUUUAUGUAGAAAAAGCAGCACCUGGCUCUCUACUCUGUUCCUUGUGUGCUCUAGCAACCUGCCCACUAUCCUUGAAACUUCCCUCCACUGCUCCCCUCUCCAUCCUUGGGCUCCAAGACUCACACCGCAGGGGCUGAGGGUUCAGCUGAUACCUGUAUGCUCGCCAUCUAGUGGGAUGUUCCUUGUAACUGUGACUGGGUCUUGUCAAGGGGUGGUUUAGAUGACAGACUUCCGCUGAAGAUGAGUGUGAACAUUCGCAUGAUUUGAUUCUGAGGACAAAAGAACGUAAAGGGCCAGAAGGGCCUUUGGGGUGGAGACAGGAUAGUCCAAUGGGUGCUGGGUGUGGCUGCUCUCCUUUCAGGAGGAAGUAGGUAUGACUAGCUUACCGGGAAAAGCCCUGCCUACUCCUCCCAGCAGCAAGUGUCCAUACACAGCUCACAGUUGGCUCUGCCCUUGAGCCUGCCAUGUCGUCGUGGGACAAGGUGCACCUGGGCCCUAAGUACAUGGGCCUCUGGGACUUCAAGGCACGAACAGAUGAGGAGCUGAGCUUUAAGGCAGGAGACCUCCUGCAUGUUACCAGGAAGGAGGAACAGUGGUGGUGGGCCACCUUGCUGGAUGCGGCAGGCAAGGCCUUGGCUGAGGGCUAUGUGCCCCACAAUUACCUGGCUAAGAAGGAAACUGUGGAGUCUGAGCCGUGGUUCUUUGGUGACAUCUCCCGCUUAGAGGCCACGCACAGGCUGCAGGCUGAGGACAACUCAAAGGGUGCCUUCCUGGUCAGAGUCAGCCACAAGGCAGGAGCAGACUAUGUUCUCUCUGUGCGGGACACUCAGGCCGUGCGACAUUACAGGAUCUGGACAGACGAUGUGGGCCGGCUGCAUCUGAAUGAGGCGGUGUCCUUCCCCAGCCUGACUGAGCUUGUGGACUACCACAAGAUCCAGAGCCUGUCCCAUGGCCUGCAACUGACUAUGCCCUGCUGGAAGCACAAAACUGAGCCCUUGCCCCACUGGGAUGACUGGGAGAGGCCAAGGGAGGAGUUCACACUCUGUAAGAAGCUGGGGGCCGGCUACUUUGGGGAGGUCUUCGAAGGGCUCUGGAAAGGCCAGGUCCGUGUGGCUGUGAAGGUGAUCUCUAGAGAUAACCUCCUGCACCAGCACACCUUCCAGUCUGAGAUCCAGGCCAUGAAGAGGCUGCGGCACAAGCGCAUCCUAGCACUGUACGCUGUGGCAUCUGCAGGGGACCCCGUCUACAUCAUCACGGAGCUCAUGCCCAAGGGGAGCCUGCUGCAGCUAUUACGGGACUCUGAUGAGAAAGUCCUGCCUAUGUCGGAGCUGGUGGACUUUGCAUCACAGGUUGCUGAGGGCAUGUGCUACCUGGAAUCUCAGAAUUACAUCCACCGUGACCUGGCUGCUAGAAAUGUUCUCGUGGCAGAGAACAAUCUCUGCAAAGUGGGGGACUUUGGGCUGGCCAGGCUUGUCAAGGAGGACAUCUACCUUUCCCAUGACCACAACAUCCCCUACAAAUGGACAGCACCUGAGGCACUCUCCCGAGGGCAUUACUCCAUCAAAUCUGACGUCUGGUCUUUUGGAGUUCUCCUCCAUGAAAUUUUCAGCAGGGGGCAGAUGCCCUACCCAGGCAUGUCCAAUCAUGAGGCCUUCCUGAGGGUGGAUGCCGGCUACCGCAUGCCAUGCCCCCUGGAAUGCCCACCCAACAUGUACAAGCUGAUGCUCAGCUGUUGGAGCCAGGAUCCCAAGCAGAGACCUUGCUUCAAAGAACUGUGUGAGAAACUCUCAGGCAUCACCAGGUAUGAGAACCUGGUCUGAGCUCCUUGGACGUGGCCAGGACCCACAGAAGAGAGGCUUCAUGAUUAUCCUGGACCUCCACUGAAGGUGUGCACCAUACUUCAGCCUACUGAGAUGAGGGGAUAGGAAACACACCAAACAUACCUCAGAUACUGCAUGCUGUCAAGAAAAGAGUGAAGAGGGUGCCAUACUACCUUCCUACCUACACUCUUCCAGGAGGCAGUCCACAAAAUCCAGGCAGCCAUCCUGUCUUCUUCCUCUCUUCUCCUGUGAAGAUUUCAUGUGACAGAGAAGCCAAGAGUCUAAGCAACAGGCCUGUGGAAUUCUUAACAGCAUAUCACUUUCAGAGCAUACCUGUCCUUGGUCACUCCUCUGCUCAAUUGCGCACACACACACACACACACACACACACACACAC